AUGACUGCAACGGAAAAUUGCUGUGAAAAAAAUGUAGAAGAUGAAGCUACUUUGAACCAGUUACAAAUUCUUGGUGAAGAGUUAAAUAUAUAUUUUUUCAGGAUUAUUUUCUUAUUGACGGCAUCAACGGGAAUCUUCAACGGAACCCAUGUGUCCUCUUACGUAUUUUUAGGGUCUAUGCCAGAUGCCCACUGGUGCGAGGUACCAGAACUCUCAAACCUUGGCUGGACUGAUGAACAAAUUCGAAAUGUUAGCGUGCCAGGAGGUUUAGACAACCUUUUGAGCUGCACCAUGUACCAGAGAAACUAUUCAAUAUUUGAAAAUAUGGACCCAGAUGAAAUACAAAGAUAUUUGGAAGCACAUGUCGAUGAUCCUACUACUAGAUGUGAAUACGGUAUGAAAUAUUUGCAAGAAAGUGGCGUCAGCAUGGUUCCAGAGUGGGAUUUAGUUUGUGAAAAUCUAGCUUUGCGUUCAACCGUUCAAGUAGCGUUAUCAAUUGGAAAAUUUAUUGGAGCGUUUAUAUUUGGAAUAAUUUCCGAUAAAUAUGGUCGGAAGAUCAGUUUUUUAUCGAGUAGCGUUGUUUACAUUAUUUCUGCACCUCUGGCUGCAGCAGCUCGUGGCUAUGUUGUAUUUCUCUUAUUGAGAUUGCUUAUAGGAGCAGCAGGUUCUGGUGUCUACCAUACGGCAUAUACCUUAUUGACUGAAGUGGCUGGUCCUAGACACCGAUCCUGGAUGAGUAUAGUAUUCAAUUUAUCAUAUCCAAUAGGAAUGCUCAUCUUGGCCGCCACUGCUUAUCAUGUACCUCAAUGGAGAGAUCUUCAGUUAGCUAUAUCUUUACCAACAGUUAUUUUAUUACUGCAUUGCUGGUAUCUUCCUGAAUCUCCGCGGUGGCUCAUUAACAAAGGACGAAGUGCAGAAGCAUCUAAAAUUGUUUUUGGAGCAAAGUUUGUACCAGAUACCGUUUUGGACAACGGCAGUGCCAAAGACAAAUAUACCAAAGUGGAAGAUGGUAGGUCACUUCAAGUGGACCACACGUGCCAAAGUAAUCAAAAUGUGGCAUAUGCGGAGAAAACGGCCAAAAGUGUUCUUUUAGAAAAACUCAAAAAGAGUGUCAAUGAAAUGACAGCUUUGUUCAGUCAUAAGGAAAUGAGGCGAAGAUUAUUUAUUUGCCAUUUUGCUUGGAUGGGGACAUCAUUGAGCUAUUAUGCAAUGGCUUUAAAUGUAGACAAUUUUGCCGCAGAUCGUUAUGUAUAUGUGGCGUUAACAGGUGCCCUAGAAAUUCCGAGCUAUUUUGUCCUUUACCGAUGCUAAGAUGUUUUGGGCGACGUAUUAUUAAUUUUAUAUUAUUUAUGACAGCAAGUUUGUGUUUACUAUCUAUUUUAGCCAUACCACAGGAAAGUAGUAU